AUGGAAGUGCAGCCAGACGAUUGGAUCGACGAAGAAUUCGGCAAUAAAAAAAAGAAUAAAAAACAAGAAAUUGCUGAUAACCCUAUUGAAUCUGACAAACCUGUUGAAGAGAGUGGAGAA